AUGUCACUGACACUCAACGCAACCAUCCCCAUCUCAUCAGAUCAAGUAGAAACACUUGGACAUGAGCCAACUGAUUAUGCUCAAAUGCUCCUCUACGGACUCUUCGCACUGAUCGGUCUUCCUGUGAACAUCUCCACACUGAUCUAUAUGCUCAAACGAUAUCGACAUGCAAAAUCAUUCCUUUUGCUUCUUCAUAUCAAUUUGAACAUUUCCGAUAUUUUGGUUCUUGGUCUUUAUGUGCCUGGGUUAAUCGGUUGGCUGGUGACUCUGGAAUGGCGUGGAGGCGAAUAUCUAUGUAAAUUUAUGAGAUUCGUUGACGCCUUCGUUUUCGCGAUCAGUUCAAAUAUAAUGGUAUGCAUUGCCCUCUACCGUCUUUCUGCUCUCCGUUAUCCUCUCUGGGUCAAUGCCGUGGGACACUCCCGUGUACCUCGAAUGCUCAUAUUGGCCUGGACUCUAGCUGUAAUCACUAUGCUCCCGCAGAUGCUUGUCUGGAAUAACGUUCAAUUCAAUCAUAUCACUCAAUGUGUGACAGUAUGGACUGAAAUAAUCAACAAAGGACAUACACUGAGUGAGAGUGAACUUCGGAACAUGAAGUUGUAUUCUAUCCAGAAUGCAAUUAUUAUAUUCUAUGUUCCACUCAUGAUUCUUGUAGCCUGUUAUGUGCUGAUUUUGAAGGACAUUUACAAGACAUUGAAUACCGACACAGAGUGCUCAUCAGCAGCGUAUCUUUCCGAAAUGAGUUCAUCAAAGACUGGCGGAAAAGCGACUGUUCAUAAAAAAGAGCAGGAGAGUUUUGUGACUCUUACCACUCGAACUGUUCGUGGACAAGAGAAAUUCCGUCGUGCAAAAGUUCGAAGUCUCCGGAUAACUCUUCUCCUAAUUCUGACGUACGCAGUCACAUGGCUUCCUUAUAAUCUCCUCUCGUGGUGGAUGGUUCUUCACUUUGAUUCGUACAAAGCAAAUCUCGAUUCAAAUUAUAUUCUCAACUCAUUGGUUGUUCUUAAUAGUGUCAUUAAUCCGUUUAUUUAUGGAAGAUGCCAGGGAAUUCGAUUCUUGUUCAAAUGUCGUGAACGACUGGCGGUUCCGAAAACUAAAAAGAUUUGCAAAUUGUUUCCGAAUUGA